UGGAUGAUAAGAGUGAAUAGCUGCGCGGCAUGCAGGAGCACAAACAGAAGACGGAUCAUUAGUGGAUAAUUAGGUACGAUUUUACCACCUCGAGCACAUUUUUCAUUCACACAUGCUGCAGCUUGGAAAGGAUGUGUCGCAGGAAAGUUUGUCCGGACUUUGAAAGCGCGCCGUUGGAAGUUUUCCCGCAUGUCACCGCACAGCAAACACUUUGGAGGACUUAUUAUGACACAGAAUGGCAAAGAUUCACCGUUUCACACCUCUGGUGAUUUACUUUCCUGUCGGGUUUGAAAAGAAAGUUUCCAGCUGUUGGGCACGCAGCAGGUGACCGGCGGGGCAUGAGGUUUGGACUGCAGCUCGAUCACAGGCUGUGCUUGACGGAAGGCGAUGUGAAAUGGUCCCGAUUUGUCCCAAAAGCUGGGAGGAUAUAACUUGAAAGUAUCUAUAAAAGAAUCUCAGUCCACCAUGAGAGUGCUGACUUUGCUGUGCGUAAUAGUCGGGCUGUGGGAGUCGAGCCUGAGUAACAGAAACUGUCCGGAUCUGAUCGUUGACAGCUGUCACUGCUCGGCGGAGAGGUCCAAGGAGCUGAGCAGGCAGCACGUCCGAGUCAAAGUCGUGUGUGAUGAUGUGGACCUGAUGGACACCCUUCCGCCCAGCUUCUUACCUAACAGGACCGUGUCCCUAAACCUGAGUAACAACAAGAUCUCCCUGCUGAGGAAUGGCUCCUUCUAUGGCUUGGCUGUCCUGGAAAAACUGGACCUGAAGAAUAAUUUGAUAAGUACAGUGGAGCCCGGGGCCUUCCGUGGUCUGCUGGCUCUGAGGAGACUGGACCUGUCCAACAACAGGAUUGGCUGUCUCUCGCCUGAAAUGUUCCUCGAUCUGGGCAACCUCUCAAAAUUGAAUCUAUCUGGGAAUAUCUUCUCCACUUUGACUGUGGGACUCUUCACACAUCUCGUGGCUCUCCGAGUGCUGCACUUCAGCACUGAGACUUUGUUCUGUGACUGUCAGCUGAAGUGGCUGCUCCUCUGGGCCCGAAGCAGCUCGGUGAGGAUUGGCAACGACACGGUGUGUGUGUUCCCCACCCAUCUCCACGGACUGGAGUUUCGCAACCUACGUGAACAGCAACUUAAAUGUGAAGGACCUCUGGAGAUGCCUCUCUUCCAGCUCAUCCCCUCCCAGAGGCAACUGGUUUUCCGUGGGGACCGCCUACCUCUGCAGUGCACCGCCUCCUACCUGGACCCUUCGGUGGAGCUGCGGUGGCGUCACAACGGCCACAUCGUGACCACGCAAGAGGAUCGGGGUGUUUACGUGGAGGAAACCCUGCUUCACGACUGCUGCCUGCUCACCAGUGAGGUCAUCCUUUCCAACAUUGACGUGGGCAUUGCUGGCAUCUGGGAGUGCCUGGUGACCAGUUCCCGUGGCAACACUUCUCAGGAAAUGGAGAUAGUUGUCCUGGAAACAUCAGCGCCGUACUGCCCCACUGAGAGAGUCACCAACAACAAGGGGGACUUCAGGUGGCCAAAAACUUUAGCUGGCAUCCUCGCCUUCCUGCCGUGCGCUCCCGCCACCUUUGGCUCUGCCCCCCACCCCGCUGGCAGCGCUCCUCACCCCUCCGGCCAGAAGGAGAAGAAGGCGUGGCGGAGCUGCGACCGCGCUGGGCGGUGGGCUGAGGAGGACUACACUCAGUGCCCGUAUGCCAGUGAGCUGACGCGUGUGCUGCACGAGCUCACACAGAUUACUAUUAAUACCACAAAUGCUCAGCCGUUAGGCCAGCAGUUAGUGGCGUUCACCAGCAAGGCGGCGCACUUCACAGACGUCAUGGAUGUCAUCUUUGUCACGCACCUGGUGGAGAGACUGACGAGGCUGGUGGAGAAACGUAGAGACCUCGGGGACUAUAUAUCCGACAUUGCCAGCAACAUGAUGCUCGUGGAGGAGCAUAUCCUGUGGAUGGCGCAGAAUGAGGCCCGGGCGUGCACUCGGAUCGUGCAGUGCGUGGAGCGCAUCGCCGACCUGGCGUUGACCGGAGACAACCGGGUCAUUUCUAAGGUAUCUGCUAACAUCGCUCUGGAGGCCUUUCUAAUCCGCCCGUCUAACUUCCUUGGUUUGUCCUGCACCGCACUCCAACGCCCCCCCACAUCCGCCACGUCGCCCGUCCCUGACAGCCACUCCCACGCCGACAAGGACGCGAGCCGAGAGCGUGAUGCCGUGGGGGAAUCGUUGCUCAACUUCAAAUGCCACACUGUCAACAACAGCGGCUCGCCGGCCAGUCAGCUCAGCAAGAACUCAGUGGCAGUCGCCUCAAUCCAUUUACCGCUGGCUGGUACGCCUAUCUCCUCCUCUGCGUUGCAAUCUGUUGAUAACUCCACUUGCAAGCUGCAGUUUAUUGUGUUUCGCAAUGGGAAACUCUUCCCUUGCACGGGGAAUUCGUCAAAUCUCGCCGACGAUGGGAAGCGUAGGAGCGUUUCAACACCAGUUGCUUUCACCAAAUUAGAUGGGUGCAGCCUCGGGAGCGCCGUGCACUCCGUUACUAUUGCUCUCAGGCACUUCGCACUGGGUGUAGACCCCACCGCAGCCUAUUGGGAUUUUGACCUGCUUGAUGGACACGGUGGCUGGAGGGCAGAGGGCUGCCACAUAACAGGCUCCGGGGGCAACACGACCACUAUUCAUUGCACCCAUCAUAAUAACUUUGCAGUGCUAAUGGAUCUGAAGAAGGUGCUGUCUUUCCCCCCGUACCCAGGGGAGUUUCUGCACCCGGUCGUGUAUGCCUGCACGGCGGUCAUGUUGCUCUGCCUCUUCGCCUCCAUCAUCACGUACAUAGUGCACCACAGCGCAAUCCGCAUCAGUCGGAAGGGAUGGCAUAUGCUUCUCAACUUCUGUUUCCACACGGCUCUGACCUUUGCUGUGUUUGCCGGCGGCAUCAAUCGAAUCAAAUACCCCAUCAUCUGUCAAGCAGUCGGGGUCGUGCUGCACUACUCGUCGCUGUCGACCAUGCUGUGGCUCGGGGUGACAGCCAGGAACAUUUACAAGCAGGUGACCAAAAAGCCGCCGCAGAGCCAAGAUGGUGACCCGCCACCGCCCCCUAAACAGCCCCUGUUGAGAUUUUAUUUAGUCAGCGGUGGAGUGCCCCUCAUCAUCUGCGGGGUCACGGCAGCCGUCAAUAUAGACAACUAUGGCAGCGGGGAGCAGGCGCCGUACUGCUGGAUGGCGUGGGAGCCCAGCCUGGGAGCCUUCUUCGGCCCCGUGGCCUUCAUCGUCCUGGUGACAUGCGUCUACUUCCUCUGCACCUUCAUCCAGCUACGGCGACACCCCGAAAAGAAGUACGAGCUCAAGCAGCUGACGGAGGAGCAGCAGAGGCUGGCUGCCAUCGAUGUGCCGACUCACUGCCACCAGCAGGGCGCCGAGCCCGGAGCUAUGGCAGCCCCAACCGGUGGUGGCCACUGUCCUGCUGGCUGCCCAGGCGUUCCCAUCAACCCUGCACUGCUGGCGAAUGAGCACUCCUUCAAGGCUCAGCUACGAACGGCGGCCUUUACUCUUUUCCUGUUUCUGGCCACGUGGACUUUCGGGGCGCUGGCCGUGUCACAGGGCCACUUCCUGGAUAUGAUCUUCAGCUGCCUUUAUGGUGCCUUCUCCGUCACUCUUGGCCUCUUCAUCCUCAUCCAUCACUGUGCCAAGCGUGAUGAUGUCUGGCAUUGCUGGUGUUCCUGUUGUCCCGGACGACAAGCCAACGCCUGCUCUGGCGCCCAUGGGCCCGCUCAGGCGCGGCCCAAGGUCAAUGUGAAUGGAGACACCCCCGGGCACGGCCAUGGUCACAGCCACUGCCACCAUGACUCGCCAUGUCCGGGUAAAGCGCUGAUGAGCUGCAGUCAUGGCAGUAUAGGUCACUGUAAACACGCCACUCUUCCGUCCUCGCAAAAUCACGUAACGUGUCUGGCGCCGGUGACGCCGUGCUGCGCCGCACUGCAUAGCCAGCAGCUGAUGGAAGAGGAGCCCGCGGCCACACACGUGCUGCUACAUGCCGACCCAGAGGGUUAUCGGCCAGGGAUCCAGUUGCACCCCUGCUUAAAGAGCAGCAGCAGGACUAAAGGCCGUCACUUUAGCCGCCGGGCUGGGGCCAGCACCUGUGGGGCGGCGAGUGAGAGGGAGUACGCCUAUCACAUCCCUUCCAGCGUGGACGGAGGCAGCGUGCACAGCUCACACACUGACAGCCCGCACAGCACACAUGAGCGUCACGCCCACGUCUGUCCACAUCUGGCCCACGAAGGCCACCACGAUGGGCAUCACACAUGCCACGCCGCUGCCGCCACCACGCACGAGGCCCUGGCAUGCCAUAAUCCCUGCCACAGGCACAUCUGCUGUGCCAAGGCAGACCUUUUCCCUUCCUUGUGCCCGGCAGAGGCCGGCGACACGGGCAUCUUCCUGUGCGGCUGCGGCAAAGUGGCCGAGCAGGACCCGAUGGCGACACAUCACCAUCUGGAGAUGCACGCCCCGCGCAGACAAUCCUACCCCCAGAACCCACCCAAUCAGAAUGGGAUUCUAAAGGGGGGCCUGCACGAAGGACUCCUGUUCACAUCGGACAGCACAGGGAAUAUACGCACUGGACCCUGGAAGAAUGAAACUACUGUGUAGUGUGGAAAACACGGGAGAUAGGCAGCACGCCUCGUCCCGCCAAAAAUAAACCCUCGCCUCCCUUUCUAGAAUUUAAAAAAAAAAAAAGGAAUUGAACAUUUUAAACAUCACAAUCAGCGUGGGAUAUUUUUAUUUUGAUGUCCUCAUGUUUCUAUGUGUGCUGUUUUACUGUACAGAAAUCUGAUACCAUGUAAAUGCUCCUUGAAGAGCGAACAUACACAAAAACAGAACCCAGAAGAAUUUAUGAAACGUGUCGCAUCGCGCCAUCAGAUGUAAUUGAAGGUAUUUCCACUGUUCCAUAUUACUACAGAUCUCUCUCUAUAUAUAUAUACAAGAAAAUGAAUGGUUGUAUGUAUGAAUAUGUGUGUGUUAGUGCUCAAAGGCAACACGCUGCAAGAUUUUUUUACACUUUGAAUCCAUCCAAUGAUGACAGUGAACCUCCAGUACUUUAACGAACUCUUGGCAUCCAUGUUUUAGACGACUAAACCAGCAAUUUUAGACUUCAUGGGUAUUUUUGCCAUUCAGUCAAGCAACUGUGAACAUCCACUAGAGAUUUUCUAAAUAAUAUACAAGGAUACUGUCGCUUGCCAGAGGUGUGUGUGGAUGCCAGUUGAGUGGUGAAAAUUCAAAGCAACAGAAAAAAAGAGACGUGAAAUUAAGCAUCCUCUUCCAGGUUGGUAUUGAUCGUGCUGUCUGUAUGAUGUCUUCACUGUUGUGUUCCCUUUUUUUGCUGGAGAGAAGUAAAUAACGGCAGCAUCAACAGCAAACAGCGUGGCCGUUGUGAAUAGAGAGUUGGUGUCAUUGACUCAUUGGAUCCAGUGCAAUUUUUUAUUAACACUGUGCCACAGAGAGCCAGGUCCUCACAGCCAGUUCAUUUCCAGACUAGUGUGCAGGUUUUUUCAUUUGUUUCUCAGCUUGCACAUGCUAUAUCAGGCAUUAAAAAAUGAGCAGAUGGUUCUCUUGAAAAAUAAAACAAACAUUUUAGGAGAAAAAUGUGAAUGUGAUUACAAAAAGAAACAACAAGCUGCUUUUGGAAAAUUGCCUGUUAUAGGUGUAGUGCUGCCGGAGUGCACCAAAUACCACCAUGUCCACUUUUUUCUCAAAUUUCUGUUGAAAUUCCAAUAUAAUUUUUUAAAGAUCCAGUGAUCACUGAAGUGUAUCUCAGCAGGAGAGCCAUUAAAAUCAAGGGACUUAUUGAUUUGGUAAGUAAAAUAUUGUAUCUUUAAACUGCUUUAGUAGUUUAAAAAGUCAUUUCAAGAUAAAUUUUGGUGUGGUAAUACUCCCAAACAGGGUUAUAGGCUUUUUAGUUUUUAAAAAUCCUGUAACGUUAUCCCCAACGUUAUCCUUCUCGGCUCAGCUGCCUGCUCUACCAGUAGACACUGCCCUCUGUUGGUGCAUGCUGUGCACUACAUUGCCACAAAACAGCAUCAGUUUAUAUGAAUGAGAAGCAUCUGUAUUUUAUUCAUUUGAUGAUGAUAAUUUAGGCCCACUUCCAAAACAAAAUGUAUCUGAAAUAUGUGAAGGUGCACAAGUAGCUACAAUUUGGACAGGCAACAGCAAUGAAAAACAGUGUUAGUGUUAGGGGUCCUGAACUUGGUCUUUGAAGAGAUUAUGCUAGAUGUAAAUAGUUGUAAACAGCAGUAAAUGGAGUUUGCUUUGAAGAGCAUCUCCAGUGAAACUACGGCUAAAUACUACCAUCUACUGAGAUAAAAGAGUAUAACAGGACUAAAAAAAAAUGUAAAAUUCUCAACAUGAUGAAAAUAUUCAGAAAAUUCGUCCAACGUUUGACUUUAUAGAGACUUAUGUUACCUUACCAUCGCUGUUACAUAACCUUUGAAAUAUACCACAGCUAAAUUGUGCGUGAGCAUGUCAUUGGUGUGCUCCGGUACUUAAACAAAUAGCACUACACCCUUGCUGCCUGUGACCAACGUUCUUUUAUUUUCCCUCUUAAUAGAAUUUAAUAAAACAUUUAACCAACCUCACCCACUAUUAGCUAAAGCCUCAAAGUGACACAUGGCAGCAAUUAGUGCAAAUCUAGUCACUGUAUUCUUUAUUUAUUUUUCACUCGUCUCAUAAAAGCCCCAAAGCAUGCACGCCUUGUUGUAUCUAGCCAUGUGCUGUAUUUUAACUGUAUAAAUGAAUGCCCAUCCAUAGACAUAUUUGCCUUGCAGCUUGCCAUGUAUCAUUUUUGUUACACCCUUGAAUUAAGCUUAACUCCCAACAACUACUGUACUAUUCCCCACUGGUGAUCUCGAUUUAACAAGGCUAAGUUUAUCUGAGAAUCCAGUUUAGAAAGUCAGCUCGUGGCUCAACGGUUCUGCUUUGGUAACUUGUGUCAGGAGAGGUCGAGGUUGAAAUAUAGAUCUUUUAUCUAUGUUUUUUCUUUAUUUUGUUACCAUGAAGGUCACAUUCUCUUUGAAGAAUUGCCACUCAAAAGAGAAGGCUCUGUAUUGAUCUAGCAGCACUUGUUUGUUUUAUGAAUGAUGAUAUUGAGUAUGAUACUCCUGGCAAAACCACUCGCAAAUUUCGUCAGAAAAGCCAACCCCCCCACCCCCCGAAAAAAAAGAUACACCCAAGCAGGGCAUACUAUAAUCUCACAGCAAAGCCCUCUCUCGCGAAAAAACCACCUCGGCAUGCACCGUCUCUUUAUCCAUCCUGUGCACUCUUGUCUGUGUAUAUAGAAUCAGUUUCUGAUGAAUUAUUUUAUAUGAGAUUUAAGAUAUUUAAGAAUAAAAAUAAGUCUAUAUGUAAAGAAAGUUGUAUGGGGAAAAAAAACCUGACCUCUCAAUGUUAAUGCUCAGUAUCUGAGUUUAGAAAUGUCAUUUUUUUCUUCGUUUUCUAAUGCCUUUUCUUUCUGUUGCAAAUUGAGUUGAAUUCAUAAAGUAUGCAGACUCGCCGUGUGUUGUGAGUUUUAUCCUGUCAUAUCAGAAAUAGAAAUGCACUACCCAUAAUAACAUUUGGCCUGCCAGAGUAGAAUUUGUCACUUAUGUUUAUUAUAGAAAUGUUUGUUCAGACAGAACUGUUUGAAUUAAAAAAAAAAAAGUGACAAGACAAAAGAGAGAUAUUAAUGUGAUACUCCCUUUAUUUGGACAUCAGGCUAUGACUAGUGGAAGGAGGCCCUAGUAGACAUCAGAAGUGAUGCAUGAACCUCAUAGCUUUGCACAGGGCCACGAGUUAUUUCCAGGGUCUGAGACAAAAUGGGAUAUUAUGGGCUCAACUUAUGAGUUAUAAAACAGUGGCCCGCAAUUGAUCACACAGUGUGGGCUCCUUUGAGCUACCUUAGAUGCUGGCAGUCAGUGGCCCUUGGCUUUAUAGUUAUUGGAAAGGGAUUUGUAACAGUAUCACAACGAAACAUUUGAAAUCUCCUGCUAAACCCACAUUAAAGUGAGAGAACACGGGGCUAGGUUAAUUGCUGUACAACAUGUGUAUUUGCUGGUGGUGGUUUCUUAGAGGCAGCCUGAGCUUUUUCAGUGUCUGUGAGACGAUGUGUUCAUGGGCCACGGUAGGCCAACUUCUCUGUUGUCAUCAGUAGCAGAUGUACUGCCCUAAACAAGCUUGCUGACUUAGUUUCAGCUCACCGGACGGCUGCUGGAAUUCUUCACCUGUGGUACUGUGACAAAACCUAAAGCCAGUUUUCACUUUUUUCUACAUUGACACAGAUUCCAAUAAAUGUAUUUUUUCACCAUGCAACGGA